AUGCCGCCUCAGACAGUUUUGUUCAGCGUCGUUCUACUGGCGCUCUCACCAGCUCUCAGUUACGGGGAUCUCAGUCUCGGCGACAUAGUCCGUAACAUGACGGCCGACGCCCGGAGCGACCCUAGCUAUUCCGCCGAGCAGCGAGCCAUCAGAAGUGGCGUAGAGCGUCUCCAGAGCCAGCUCGUCGCCCUGCAUGACCGUCUGGCGGCGGCAGAGUCCGCGGACGCCGCGUGUCCGUCCGGCUGGAGUCGCCGCGGCAGCAGGUGCUACCUGCUCCCGGCCGUGACGGCCACCUGGAUGGGCGCCAGCACGCUGUGUCCGGCCAUGGACCGCAGGGCGCGGCUCGUCUCGGUGCACGCGGACAAUCACCGGGAGGUGGAGGAACUGGUGGCCGCCAGCGGCACGGCCGAGGUGUGGGCCGGCGGGGUCCGGCUGCGACAGGGCGGAGUCGACUGGGGCUGGGUGGACGGCACGCCGUACGAGUUCGACAACUGGGCGCCAGGCCCGGCCAGCAGCAACGUCGGCGAGGACUGUAUCAUCAUGCGCGGCCCGAAGAGUGGCUACCCCGCCGGGGUGGGCCAAUGGCACGACGGCCUGUGCUGCCAUCCGGGGAGUCACUUCAACUUCAUGUGUCAAAUAACGCUGCACUGA